AUGAGUGGUGAAGAGGCUCUCAGUCACGAGGAAGUGUGGGACGACUCAGCACUCAUCGAUUCGUGGAACCAAGCUCUGGACGAAUACACGAAAUAUCAUAGCAUUAUCGCCAAGGGAGGCAGCAUCAAGGAUCUCGAAGAUGCCGUUCUCUCAAGUUCAACGGCCGCCACCAACAAGGUUAACGGGUCGACGAAGACGGCAGACCGUGAGGCUGUCGAGGUAACGGAUGAACCCACGGAAGAGGCAGAACCGACAGAGGGUCUCCCCUCGGCUCCACCUGGACCGCCUCCGCAAGUCCUUCUAGGUACAGUUCAAGAUGAGGGCCUCAAGAAGCUGCUCAUGGCAUGGUACUAUGCCGGAUACUACACUGGUCUGUUUGAGGGACAGCAGAAGAAGACGGAGGAGAAACGAUAA